AUGGAUGAAAGCGAGAUUUGGUUGAGUGAGGAAGAGGAAGAAGUGGAAAACGGAACAAACACAGAUCCUACGGCGUUCACUAUUGGACUCACAUACCAGGGUCAGCCGGGAGUGCAACGGACGGCAGUUUCAGCUUUCCACGGUGGAUCAAAAAAGAAACCGGCUUUCACUGUUAGCUGCAAUGCGAAAGCUAUCAUUCAUGGCGAAAUUGACCCGUCGUCCAAGAAGCGGGCAACCUUUCUUGUCUACGAGUUCAAGUUCAACUCCUAUAGGGGAUCACGCAUCAAGCAAGCGAACAUCUUGUUUGAAUUUAAGCCCAUGAAGGGUCAGGAGGGUGGCCCAUCGGUCUAUCAAGUUGCUCCACGCGGACUCUAUAAGAUGCGAGAAACACUGCAAGAUGAGUCCUUGAAGAAGGGAAUAGAAUUCGGACUCGGCCCAAACAUUCCAGCAGUCGAAGCAAAUCUGACGCUAUCAGCCGAAGCGUCUGUGGAGAAAGUUACGAAGCAUUAUAUUGUGGCGACGGGCGAUACUUCUCAAGACGAUUGGGGAAACUUUUUCGGGGCACGGUUCUUCUUGUCUGAGAACGAGUCGCAAAAAAGCGGCAUCCCCUCCAAGUUACGCGUCUGCAUUCUUCUGGAGCGAGACGAUGAUGAGGACUUCGUUUGCGUCCCUUACGUGAAUGUAACACCAAACUUCACAGCCAUGUUUACGACUUUGUUCUCUUCAAGAUCACCGGAUGAUCCGAUCAUCUUCAGGGUGGCCGAACCCCCUUUCAAUCAAUUGGACGACAAUGUUGAUAUUGAUCGCAAUAAUCUAGGAGCAGUCGACCUAGGUGAGCUCUGGGAUUGCACUGAAUAUUACAAGUAUGAACGGUCGGUUAAAUAA